AUCUAUAAUUGUGUAGUAGUGGGUGGCCAGAGGAGGAGGUGAUCUGGUGAUGGCUGUGAUUCAUUCACUGGGUUUGGAUUUGGGUUUCUCAGUCUCAGUCUCAUCCUCCUCUGCUUGGACUUGGAGGCUUCGGAAGUCAAACAAACCAUCCAACACCAAGAGAUAUGCCUGCAAAGCUUCAUGGGAAGAGCUAGCGGGUGUGUUGGUCUUCUCUGCCAUACCUUUCACGGCCGUCAAAGCCAUAGCUAACAGCCCACUUGGAGAGUCGCUUCAGAGGCGAUUGCAGCAAAGGAAGAAAUUUGCUGUGGAAAAUGCUGCCAAGUUCAGGUCUUUGGCCUUAAAAGCUAGAAAACAGAGCUUGUGGUAUGGAGAAGAGCGUCCUCGGUGGCUUGGUCCUGUUCCCUACGAUUAUCCUAGUUAUCUCACAGGAGAGCUUCCUGGGGACUAUGGUUUUGACAUUGCAGGUCUUAGUAAGGAUCCACUGGCUUUUCAAAAGUAUUUCAACUUUGAAAUACUGCAUGCUCGUUGGGCUAUGCUGGCAGCCCUUGGUGCUUUGAUUCCUGAAAUAUUAAACCUCACUGGAGCCUUUCACUUUGCAGAACCUGUCUGGUGGCGAGUUGGCUAUUCCAAACUCAAGGGAGAUACAUUGGACUACCUUGGCAUCCCAGGACUCCAUUUAGCUGGAAGCCAAGGAGUAAUUGUCAUUGCAAUUUGCCAGGCCAUCUUGAUGGUUGGACCAGAAUAUGCAAGAUAUUGUGGGAUUGAGGCAUUGGAGCCUCUAGGAAUAUAUCUACCAGGGGAUAUAAAUUACCCAGGAGGAGCAUUGUUUGAUCCAUUGAACCUCUCCAAGGACCCUGAAGCCUUUGAGGAGUUGAAGGUGAAAGAGAUUAAAAAUGGGAGGCUAGCCAUGGUUGCCUGGCUGGGAUUUUACACUCAAGCAGCUUUCACUGGUAAAGGCCCUCUUCAGAACCUUAUUGACCAUGUUUCAGAUCCCUACCACUGCAACAUCUUUCACAUGCUUCAUUAAUUUAGAUUCUCUUCUUUACUCUUAUCUUACUUGCUUGUACAUAUUGUAUACACAUGCCAUAUUCAUAUCAACUAUUUAUAUAUAUAUAUAUAUAUUCUUCCUUGCCUUGAGUACAUAUGUGGAAUCUGGAUUCAAGGAAAAUGCACAUGUUUGAGGAGAAAGACCAUGACA